AUAGCGUCACUUCCUCCGCGACGUUCGAUGUCUGUAAACGACUCAUAAAGUUAUACUUGUUGCUGGAACUGUGCGCAUGCGCGCUGCUCUCUGGAGUCACACGUGUGGAGUUAAAGAUGGCAGGGGCCGUGCAGCAUGGAGUAGACGGCGAGCAGGUUAAGAAGGCAACCAAGGCCCUACUUGCCUAUUGUAAAACCAAAGAGAAUGCCAAUUCCUUACUAUUAAAUGAACAUGAAUGGAUAUCAGUAAUGCUUACGGUGUGGAGAAUUCCAAACCAGGAGAAAACUAUUAAAAUUCCUCUUCCUCAUGGGAUUCGACCAGAUACAUGUGAUGUCUGCCUCAUCACUAGAGAUGAACCAAACAUGUCCAUUGAACAGACCGAAAAGUUUUACAAAAAAUUGCUGAGUCAACAUGGAGUCACACAGAUAAGUGAGGUCAUCCCUCUGAAAAAAAUAAAAAAAGAAUACAAACCAUAUGAAGCAAAGCGCCGACUGCUCAGCAGUUUUGAUCUUUUCCUUGCUGAUGAUAGAAUCCGACGAUUUCUUCCAUCCCAUAUUGGAAAACACUUCUAUAAGCAAAAGAGAGAGCCACAGUCUGUCAAUCUAAAGAGCAAGAAUCUUGCUGCUGUAUUGAAUCGCCAUAUCCAGGGGACACUGCUUCAUAUUACCAACAAAGGAUGCUGCUAUUCAAUGCGUGUGGGUCACAUAGGUAUGAAGGUGAACGACAUUGUUGAAAACACACUUGAAGUUGCUAAAGUCCUGGCUGAGAAACUGCCAAAGAAAUGGAAAAAUGUCAAAGUUCUUCACUUAAAAACACAGACAUCGGUGGCUCUGCCGAUCUACACUUCUUCCUUUGACAGUCUAAAAGAAUUAAGUUUGGUAAAAGAGGUGAAAGAUAAAACUAAGAAAAAAAAGUCUGACAAAGAAAAUAAACCAGCAAUUGCAGACUCUGGGGAUCACAUAGCAGAUGAAAUGAAAGUUACAGCCACUCCGAAAAAGAAUAAUGAACCAGAAGGGGAGGAGGAAAUCCCUAACCUGAUUCCUAUCGAAGAGCCUGCCAGUGCAAAGAAAAACAAGAAAAAGAAAAAAGUUGUUCAGGAAGAAUCCAACAUGAAAGAAAACUGCAAAGAGUCUGAGGAGAAUGUAAAAGUAUCUUCCACUGUAAAACCUACACCCAAGAAGCGCAAGACGAAUGAAAGUGAUGUGGAGAUCAAGACCCCAAGCAAGCACAAAAAACAGGUGCCAACUGAAAAAAAGAGCGAGGAGCCGGAAACUCCACUUAAGCACAGCAUUCGUAAAAAGACUCCUAAAAAAACACCAGGCAAAUCUGCAGUAAAACUCACAAAAUCUGCAAGAAAAGCCCCUCAAACUCCAAAACUGAAGCAGAAAAAGAAAAUGAAGACCCCCCAAUCAGUAUAAUGCUAGAUAUAUAAAAUGCCCAGGUUCAUCCCAAUGAAACAUUUCCAGAUCUAUCCUGUUGAGCAUAGCUUCCACGAGUUUGUGUAUUUUUGUCCAUAAUUUUUUAUCUAUCAAAUUGAGUUAUUAAAUGGGAAUUGGCUUCUUAUUUCCAAGCACAGCUCUACAACAUUUGCCUUCAGUAUGUAUUAUCAGCUCAGUAUCCAAAUGUCCACAGUGGUAAAAC